AUGCAGCCUGUGACCAGUGCAACAACCUCUUCCCACUCCAAUGCUGCCACUCACGUGACCCAAAUCGACCCCUGGAUCCGCCAGGAUGCAGCUGCGGUGGCGGUGCAGCGCCUCGUCCAGCUGGCGACAGCUGGGCGGGUGAGCCGGGGCGCGGCACAGGACCUGCUGCUGGCCGCGGCGAGCGGCGCCCCGGUUCCCCACCUCCCCGCCCUCCUCAACGGUCUGGUGGGCCUGAUCGUGGCGCAUCCCCCCCCGGGCCCCGUCGCCUGGCCGCGGCACCCGCUGUGCAGGGCCCUGCACGUCGGGCCCAGCGCGGCGGACGCAGCGGUCCAGGCGGCCGUGCGCGCGCUGUGGGGCGGCAGGGGCGGCGCGACGCUGCAGCGCACGCUGCGCGCGCUGCGCCCCGUGCUGUGCGCGGCGCUGCACGUUGUGGGCUGGGGGGCCGGCGCCCCGGCCUCGCAGGCCCUGGCCCUGGCCUUCCUGGCGGGCACAGCGGGCACAGCAUGCGCGCCGGGCCUGCUGGCCCUGCUGGGCAGGUUCCUGGGGGAUGACCAGGAGGCAGCAGCCCGCCCCGACCGCGCCGCUGCACUGUUGAUCGCCUUCCCUCUUGUGCACCUGGCCUCCCUGGCCGCAGACGCCGGGGCCAGGGCCUGGGCCGCAGGCGUGCUGAAGCGUGUCGCUGGGUUACAAUGCCCCCUUCUGCCGGUUACAGAGUCCCUGAAUCCAAAUGCUCACCCAAAGGCCCAGCCCGCCUGUCGGUCAAUCCCUGCACCGAGACCCUGGGCGCGAUAUGCGGUGGCGCUGGAGGCGCUGCGUGCGCUGUGGCGGGGCUCCCGUGAGGCCACCCGCGGCUGGCUGGUCGCGCUGCGGACCCAUGCUGGAGCCUGCGGCCAGUCUCCGUCUUCACUCCCGGUGGGCAUGCUGUGCGCGCUGCUGCGCCACCUGGACGUGGAGACCUGCGAGGAGGCCCUGCGCACUCUCGCUGCGCUGGCAGGGCCUGGAGCGGGCGGCACGGCCGUCGUUCUGCUGGCCCAACUCCUGCGGGCGCUGAGGGAGGAAACCAGGGCCGGCCCGGCCAUGGCCAUGCUCCGCCAGCUGCCGGCUUUGGGCAAGCAUACGGAGGCGCUGCCAUUUGUCCUGCUGUCCCUGCAGCGCCUAUUCCACCCAGGGAGUGAUCCACGACUCAGGGAGCUGGGCUUUGAGCUGAUGGAAGCUGCCUGGAAGGCAAACCGCAGGGCGUACCCUGCGCUGCAGACCUGCCUGCUCGGCGCGACGCGUGCCUCAGCAUCAGGCAAUCCAGGGCCGCAGCCAUCUGUGGCGCAGCUGCGGGCCGUGUGCUCCAUCUGCGCCCAGGACCCUAACAAGGGCGUGGAGUUUCUAGGAUCGAUCCAGGCGGGGCUGUCGAGCACUGGCGCUGAUGCCCUGCAGGCGCUGGCGCUGCGCUGCGUGCGCCAGCUGUGCGCCGCCGACGUGCUGGAGUUUUACAGCGCCUGGCGAGCCGUGGUCUUGGACCUCAUGGCGCACGGAGCCUUGGACGCUGCGGCCGAGCCGGAGGUCGUGGGCGGCAUCCUGGAUGCCCUGUGGCUGGCCACGCAGCACCGAUCCGCCGCGGUGCGGCUGGCGGCGUUCCUAUCCCUGGCGGCCUACGACUACUCCCUGCUGGAGGAAAGCGAGGAGGCCCCUGACGUCCCGGACCUGCUGGCAUUGUUAGUGUGCGAGGAGGACGAGGCGUGCCUGGACGCCGCUGGGAAGCUACUGGGCGCCGCCCUGGUGUUCAAUUACAGCCGGCUGCAAGGCACGGGCAAGGCAUCCGUGGGCGCCCAGGACGCCAGUCCGCUGGAAGACUCGCUGAUCGCCAUGUCUAAAUCCAUGCUGGACGGCGGGUCCCAGGCAGCGCCGGCCCUGCUGCGACGCCUGCCUUCCCUAUCGCCGGUGCGGUGCGGGGCAAGUGUCUGCGUGGUGUCGGGACGGCGCUGCCUGGGGUAG